GGGGGAGGGAGCAGCAGCGAGCAAACAGCGGCACAAGCACCAGUUCCCGCCUUGUGCAAACGGAGGAGGCUGCUGCGGUCAGUGCCAGCCGCUCCUUGGCUCCUAUGCUGCCCUCGUGGGUGCCAGGCGUGGCUGUGGGGCUGGUUUCCCUGCACCUCCUUCAGAAGCUGCUCUUCCCCUACUUGUGGCAUGACUUGAGGGACUUGCUGCAAGCCAUGGGCUGCGGGCUGUCGGCUGCGGUGCGCAGGGUGCGGAGGCAGCUUCCCACGGUGCUGGGCAGGUUUGUGACGCUGGCCCAAGAGCAGCCCCACAAGCCCUUCCUCAUCUAUGAUGGGCGCGUCUACACCUACCAGGACGUGGACACGAGGAGUAACCAGGUGGCCCAGGUCUUCCUGCACAAGGGAGGUCUGAAGAAGGGGGACACCGUGGCUCUGCUGAUGACCAACGAGCCCGACUUCAUCCACGUGUGGUUUGGGUUGGCCAAACUGGGCUGUGUGGUGGCUUUCCUCAACUCCACCAUCCGCUCCAAGUCCCUCCUGCACUGUAUCAGCAGUUGUGAGCCCAAGCUCCUGGUCAUUGGGGCAGAUAUGCUUGGGACACUAAAAGAAAUUCUUCCUAGUCUCCAAAAAGAUAUUGAUGUUUGGGUAGUGACAAAAGACUCCACUUUGCCAAGUGUUCAUACCCUGUUAGACAAACUGGAAGGUGCAUCUGAAGACCCUGUACCAGUUCAUCUCCACUGUGAUAACGACCUCAAGUCUUCUGUUCUCUACAUUUUUACCUCAGGAACAACAGGUUUACCAAAGGCUGCAGUUAUCACCAAUCUGCAAGUUCUAAAUGCUGCUGGUGGCUUGUGGGCUUUUGGUGCUACUAAAAAUGACAUUCUUUAUAUAACACUCCCUCUUUACCAUAGCUCAGCAGCUCUUGUUGGCAUUUGUGGAUGUAUAGAAUUAGGUGCAACUUGUGUCUUAAGAAAGAAAUUUUCAGCUAGUAAUUUUUGGAAUGACUGCAAAAAAUACAAUGUGACUCUUAUCCAGUAUAUUGGAGAACUUUGCCGUUACCUUUGCAACCAACCUGUGAAAGAAGGAGAAAAAGAUCACAAAGUUCGCCUGGCGAUUGGAAAUGGAAUAAGAAGUGAUGUAUGGAGAGAAUUUUUAGACCGGUUUGGUAAUAUCAAGAUAUGUGAAUUUUAUGGUACUACUGAAGGAAACAUUUCUUUUCUGAACCAUGCAGGGAAAAUUGGAGCUGUAGGACGUACUAAUUUUUUUCAUAAGCUUUUUUCUCCUUCCGACUUAAUAAAGUAUAAUUUUCAAAAAGAUGAACCAUUUAGGAAUAAGCAUGGCUGGUGCGAGAAAGUUAAGAAAGGUGAAGCUGGUCUUCUCAUUUCCAAAGUGAAUACAAAGAAUCCAUUCUUUGGUUAUGCUGGAAAUGAGAGAGAGACAGAAAAGAAAUUGCUCCACGAUGUGUUUAAGAAGGGAGAUCUCUAUCUUAAUUCAGGCGAUCUGAUGGUUCAAGACCAAGAGAAUUUUCUUUAUUUUUGGGACAGAAUUGGAGAUACCUUCAGGUGGAAAGGGGAGAAUGUUUCAACUGCAGAAGUUUCUGAUGUUGUUGGUAUGCUGGACUUUGUACAGGAUGCAAAUGUAUACGGUGUACUUGUCCCGGAUCAUGAAGGAAAAGCAGGAAUGGUCGCUUUCACUUUAAAACCCAAUAAAACAUUAGACUUGGAACAAAUUUACAAACAAGUUGUGACAUACCUACCAAGUUAUGCCUGCCCGCUGUUUUUAAGACUCCAGGAAACGAUGGAAAUGACAGGAACUUUGAAACAACAAAAAUUUCGGCUGGUGGGUGAAGGGUUUAAUCCUUCUGUAAUCACUGAUCCACUUUACUUUUUUGACAGCUGUAAGAAAUCUUAUGUUCCAUUAACCAAAGAACUUCAUGCUAUGAUCUUAUCUGGGCAAAUGAAACUUUAAUUACUGGUAAAUUGUUAACAAAAUUACCCAUGUGGACUACUGUACAAGAAAUAACAAGUCAAUUAGCAAUAUUUCUAUCUAGUUAUCUAAAAUAAUACUUUGUUCUUGAUAGUUGCAAUUCAGAAGUUUCAUGAUACCUUUAGUUUUUUUCCCCAUAAUUGAACAAUUAUCAAUUCCUACCUCUUGAUACAUCAAAUACGGUUAAAUUAUUUUUAGUGCAUGUUUAAAAUAUAUUUCCUGCUAGAUUUUGGUUAUGAAUGUCCCGGUCCUGUUUUUCCCUUAUGAAAUAAGUAAAUGGCAUCUGGAGAAAAAAAUAAUAAACAGUAAAAGGACAAAAUGAUAGAAAACAAUGUUAACGUUUUUUGCUGUUUGUUUUGUAAGUUGCAUAAAUAUGAAUGGAUAUUGUUUAAAAAAAAAAGGCAUCUAAAGGUGAGAAGAGAAGCAAAGCAAACUGUUUCUUGCUCUGCUGCUUGCUUCUAUUAUUUCUUAAUGGUAAGAGUACAUAUCUGCAUUGCAAUCUUAAUGUGCCAGGCAUGUUUGAGGGUAAUGGCAUUCUUGAGAGUACUGCUUCUUGGGACAAUAAGUUUGUUGAGAUAUGUCCUUAGUUUCAGUACAUGAAAGACAGAGUAUCAUUUCCCUCUCUUGUAGCAACUGGGUCUUGGUUGUGUCUUGUUUUGAUUCUUGAUUCACUCACAAUAUUUUGAUUCACAAUAUUUGUGCACAAUAUUUAAAUUUCUUGCGUGCAGUUCAAGUUUUGCUUUUUAAUGGCUUGAUCCAAAGCCUGUUGAAGUCACUGGAGAUCCUCCCAUUCUGAUCUCUGUGUGCCUUUCCUUCCUUCAUUCCUACCCCAAUCUCAUGCACUGAUGUGCAUAAGCCUGGAUUACAUGUAAUGGAACCAAGUGAAAGCCGUUACCAACUACUGGUCAAAAUUGUUCUUAAAACAUGAAAAGCUUGUAUAAAACAAGUGUAUUAGGCCUUCAUAAACUUAAUUGGGACUAACAAAGAGGUUUCUCCCUGCUUCAAUGGCUGCUUGGGAUUAUUAUUUAUAUGUAUUAAAAGGUAAUAGAAUAUUUUGGAAUUCCAAACUAUACUUAAUGAUCUACUGUUUUUAAAAUAAAGGGUACAACUUUCUAAAACAA